AUGGCGAUCAAGGAGAAUGGGCCCAGCUUUCUGGCGCCCACUCUGGAGAAGGCGAUUGACAUACUGAAGAACUCGGAGAUUUUCCUCCCCCAGUUUCAGAGCUUCAAGCCCGAGGACCAGAUCACCUCGGAGCUGGUGAGCAGUCUGAUUAAUUCCAGCAAACAGUCGGGAGUUCGGCGAAUGUCCCACGAGGCGGCGUCCAACAAGAGCAGCCUCUCACUGCAGGCAAACAGCAACAGUGCUCCAACUGCGCUGCAACCUCCUCCGUCACCCUCCAUCACCGCCAACUCUGCUGGCAACUCCUCCUCAUCAUCAACCACCUCCGCUUCGCAGUCGGUGACCACCACGGCCACCGCCAAUCUCCUUCCGCUGAACUCCAUUGCCACCACAAGUUCUACUGGUCAGCCUAGCCUGUCAAAUGUUCCCUCAGCCGUACAGGCUCUCCUCGAGCACCAGCUCGACUGGAACUUCAACGUCAUUGAGCUGGAGCGGGUGACCAGCAAGCGGCCGCUCACCUGGCUGGGCAUGUCCAUCCUCCGCCACUUUAACGUCCCCUCGACGCUUCAGUGCUCCGAAACGGUGAUUCGAAACUGGCUGGCGGUCAUUGAGGCAAACUACCACGACAAUCCCUACCACAACUCAACGCACGCCGCCGAUGUGAUGCAGGCGACGGCCUUCUUUCUGCGCUCAAAGCGGAUCGCCGCCGCCCUCGACCCGAUGGACCAGGCGAUCAGCCUGAUUGCCGCCAUCAUCCACGACAUUGACCACCCCGGGCGGAAUAGCGCCUUUCUCUGCAACUCCAGCCACCAGUUGGCCAUUCUCUACAAUGAUAUAUCUGUCCUGGAGAGCCACCACGCGGCUCGAGGCUUUUCGCUGACGGUGGGCGGCGAUGGGCUGAAAUCGAAUCCGGAGCACUCGGUGAACAUCUUUGCCGCCCUCGGCCCGGAGCUGUACCGCGAUGUACGGCAGUCGGUGAUCGACAUGGUCCUCGCCACCGACAUGACCAAGCACUUUGAGCACCUGGCAAAGUUUAUUCAGAACUUUAAUGCUGUCGGCGCAGCAGCAGAAGGUGCCAAUGCCGGCGACCUGACGCCGGAGAACAUUGUGCUGAUAAAGCGAAUGCUGAUCAAGUGCGCCGACGUCUCCAAUCCGGCGCGGCCGCUGAAGCUCUGUCAGACGUGGGCGGAGCGCAUCUCCACGGAGUACUGCGAUCAGACGGACGAGGAGAAGCGCCUGGGGCUGAAGGUGGUGAUGCCCACCUUUGACCGGGCCACCUGCUCCAUACCGAAGAGUCAGAUUGGCUUCAUUGACUACUUUGCGAAUGACCUCUUUGAGGCGUGGCACUCCUUUGGCGACUUUCCCGAGACCGUAGACAACAUGAACCUGAACUACCAGUAUUGGAAGGACCAGCAGGCGCUGCUGGAGCGGAAGGCGAAGAAGCUGUCGCUGGAGAGCACCAAGGUGAGCGAGGCGGACGAGGAUGAAGAGGCAGCGGAAGCGGAAGAGGCGGAUAAAGAGAUCUUUGCCGAGGAGGACGAAGGCAGCAGCAGCGUCUCUGCAAAGCUUUGA